AAAAUAUAUUCUACGAACUUAUGACGUUUAUAUAAUAUUAUUAUUAUUAGUACUGUGAAAAUUAUAACGAGGAACCAGAGAUUAAACCGUUAUCGCAGUUGCGAUUUGUUUCACCUGAUUUAUGUUAUUAUAAAAAAUGGACGCGUCGCGUGUACUUUUCGCAUUCUUCUCGCGGAACAGCCGCUACCGACGCAGUUGAAAAUAACGCACAUAAAUUAUACGCUAGCUAAAGUAAACACGCGGUAUAUCGUCAUAUAUUUUCUUGGAUGUAUUUUCGCAUUUAUAUCCAUCAUACGGAAGUCCUGGCGCUUGAACGCCCCUGAAGCAACAUUUUAUUUUGUAUAAUAUUCACACGGUUUCACUGUCAACGCCCAAAAUGUUCAACAAAAUAUCUGUUAACCAUCUGAAACUGUUUUUCACGACCAGUGUCAUGUCGUUUCAACAGUAUAUUAUUGGUGGAGUAUUUGGAUUUUCCGCCGUCAUACUGCCACAACUGAAACUACCCAAUGCUCUCGUCAAAGUCGAUGGUGACCAAGCGUCCUGGAUAGCAAGUCUUCCGCUCUUGUUAUGUCCCAUUGGCUCGCUGGUGUUCGGUUAUUUAUCCGACAGAUUCGGCCGGAAGCUAUCACUACAACUUACGUACGUACCUUUGAUGAUCAGUUGGUUGCUGCUCAGCAACGCCGAGUGCUUGAAAGACAUUUACAUCGGUAGAUUGUUAACCGGAUUAUCUACUGGUACCGGCGGCGUGAUCUACGUGUACAUAGCCGAGACGAGCCCGACGGACAGCCGGCCGUUCUUCCUGUUGAUCUACACGCUGUACGUGGGCCUGGGCCUGAUGACGUCCGCGAUUUUGGGCGUACUGUUCCACUGGCGCACGGUGGCCGCCGUGUACGCCGCGAUGUGCGCGGUCGGCUUCGUCGCGCCGUUCUUCGUGCCGUCCACGCCGAUGUGGCUGCGGUCCCGCGGCCGGGACGAGGAGGCCCGAAAGGUCGAGCGGUGGUUCGGGUUCGAGCCCGACCGCAUCGACGACCUGCCCACGCUCCCGCCGCCGCCGUGCGCGGCCGCGGCCAUGGCCACGCUGAGCCGGGCCGACUCGACGGUCGGCGCCGUCGUGGAAACCAACGCGAGCUGCUGGGCCACGUACACCGGGCCCACCGUCUGGAAGCCCGCGCUCGCCGCCCUGGCGUUCUUCUUCUGCCAGCAGGCGUCCGGGUUCUACGUGCUGCUGUUCUACUCGGUGGACGUGAUGCGCGACUGCCGCAUGUCCACCGACGGCAUGACCGCGGCCGUGUACCUCUGCGCCGCCCGGCUGGCCGGCACCGUCGUCAGCCUCGUGUUCCAGUCGACGGCCAAGCGCACGCUCACCGCCUUCUCGGGGCUGGGCAUGUGCGCGUCCAUGUCCAUCGUGGUCGGUUACCUGUACGCGUACAGCGGCGUUCCCGACCCGCCGGCCACCGACCUGCUGAUCGUGCCGUUCCUGUUCUACGUGUUCUUCGCCAUGUUCGCCGUGCUGCCGUUACCGUGGAGCGUGUGCGGCGAGAUGUUCCCGAUGGCCGUCAAGGGCACCAUGAACGGCGUGCUGUACUCCUGCGGUUACGAGCUCAUGUUCGCCGCCAUUAAGGUGUACCCGAUGGUGGUGACCGCUUUCGGCAUCAAGGCCGUGUGGACGGCGUUCACGUGCAUGUGCUUCGUCACCGCCCUGUUCGGCGCUUUCGUCCUGCCCGAGACCACCGGCAAGACGCUCAACGAGAUUGUCGACGGGUUUAGGCCGUCCAGCGACAAGGCCCGCAGCAAGAAAACUAUCAAGCCUCAAAUACCAUAAACCCCACAAACCCGACCCCACGCCACCGCGGCCGCUCUUAAGGUCUUAUUUAUUCGUCGUCGUCGUCAACGUAGUUGGGUUGGUCAAGUGGCUGGAAUUUCGAUCAAUAAAGCUGGGUUCACUGCUACACGUCGUCCGUCGUGUCCUAGAGUCGAGCCCGGCCCAACUCGCGAUGGAUCGCGGUUAGUGAUUGAUACCACGACUACAACCGCGGCCGAUACGAUACAAGGAACGUGACGCGACAGACGACGUAGCUGCAGUAAGUCCGACUUAAUAGUGUCCGAAAUUUAUUCAUAGUACCUACACUAUCAUACUGCAUAUUGUAAAUAUUGAAAAAUAUAAAUUUUGGCCGAGUCGCGGUACGUGAACACGACGAUUGAUGACGCGUCACCGCAAUACUGAUAAGAUUGUACAUUUUGUAUCGUCACAACAACAGUAAUACCUGAGUUAUUGCCGAUUUAAAUAAUUAUCACUGUCCCAUGUACCAUAUUCCUUAUGUAUAUAUAUAUUAUAUUUUCCUUUCCGAUACCGGUUAGGUCAAGUGUGCAUAAUUUAACGUGUUGUACUCAGUACGACGCUUUGACCACAUGUCCACAUACGACUCAUAAUAUGACAUGUGUCGGUUGUUACGGAGUAACAAUUUUAUGAUGACCCAUUUUUACGACAGUUUAAUGUUAUAAUAUAAGUACUAUAAGUCUAUCAUAUAUUAUAUCCGUGUAAAUUAUAUUUACAGUGUAUGUCAUAUAUAUUUUUAAGUAUACUAUUGGGAUCGAUUAGAAAACUAAAACAUGAUAUCUCCUUAAGUUUAAUAGUGUUUGUUAGUAUUAUAUAUAAUUAGAAUUAUUGAAAAAUUGUAUAUUUUUUGUAAAAACUGUAUCAUUGCAGGUAAAUAAGAUAUUUCCUUAUGUAUAACUAUGUCUACCCUAUACACUCAUGAAAUUAGUA